UUUCCACUUGCAGCUGAGAGAGAGAAGAGUCCUGUCUCCGGUGUGUGAAUCCAUCGAGCUGUUUCCUCUUCUUCAGGUUACAGGUGCCGUAUUUCCAGUCGGACCUGUUCCUCUUCUUUCUCGACACCUGCGAGCAGCCGGAAGUCAGCCGCUGCUGCUUGUCGUUACCUGGGCGGACUCCUCAGGUGAGAGAGAGCUCGGUGAUCACAGGCGGACUCCGUCGAAAACAGCGGAUUUAAAAACCGAGGGGAACAUCUCACACGAGGAGUCCACUCGACGGGAGGAACGUGUGUUUGUUUCUUUGGUUUUCCCACAGGAGAGUUUUCUUUGCGUCGUGUGAACGGAGCAAACAUGCUCGUCUCCGGGCUGCUCCCCCUCGCUUUGUUCCUCUGCGCAGCCACAGGUGUAAGAGGCUUCACAGUCACUACCAGUACUCCAAAUGUGCGGGCGAAAGAGAAUGACGGAGCUGACCUAAAAUGCACUUAUUCGGGAGACUUUGGUUCAGAUGCCAGAGUUGAGUGGAAAUUUAAGGACUUAAAAGGCUCUCAGGCAUAUGUGGUCUUUGAUGGGAAACCAACAACGCCAUAUUCUGGUCGAGUGACAAUGUACGGCACCAAUCUUAGAUUCUCCAAAUUGACCCGUGACGACAACGGAGUGUACGACUGUGAGGUGUCUGGUGGUGGGCAGUUUGGGGAAGCCAGGGUGAAGUUGACAGUUGAGGUGCCUCCAUCUCCGCCACUGUGCAGGAUCCCCUCGUCAGUGACGACGGGCAAAACGGCCAUGCUGACCUGUCACGACAGCGUUGGCUCACCUCCUUCCAAAUAUAGGUGGUACAGAGAUAGCACGCUCCUGCCCCCCGAACCUCAAAAGAUCGCUGCCUUCAAAAACUACACCUACUUGCUCAACACAGACAAUGGCGACCUGGAGUUUGGCAAGGCAGCCAAGAAGGACUCAGGAACCUACUUCUGUGAGGCGUUCAAUGAUGCUGGUCCUCCUCAGCGCUGCAAAGCAGUGAAAAUGGAAAUCUGUGACCUCAACACUGGAGGAAUUGUUGCUGGAGUAAUCAUUUUUCUGCUGCUUCUGGCCCUGCUCGGAUUUGGCAUUUGGUAUGCCUACAAGAAAGGAUACCUGCCCAAGAAGAGUGAAAGCAAACCAAAGCCAAACGUGGUCUACCAGCCUCCAUCUUUGUAUGGCGGUGAAGAUGAUGAUAGGGAUUUCAAACAGAAGUCGUCAUUCGUGGUAUAGUCCACAAGGAGAUGUCACUGCGGGAGAUCACCUCGGGUUUCAAAAGGCUCUCAGCUUGUUUUUUUUCUGACAAUUUUCUAUUCUGUUCAGUAAUUUACAACAGAUAGAUAAUGAGAUUUUAAUGGAAUGUGCUGUGACCAAUUUUGGCCUCAGAUAUUUCUCCAGCUAUGUUUUGAAGUGUGUGCGUUUCUGUGUUUCUGAUUUGUUUUGUUUAAAUGAUGCAUCUUCAUGUAAAUACUAAAUGUAGUACAGAUAAUAUCAGCACCAUCAAUUGGGUUUUUUAAAGCAGUUUUUUGUGGAUGUUCGUUGCGAACACACACAAAACAAACUACUUAUUGAAGUACAAUAGACACAAUUUUCUCAGAUAAUGCAGUGUCUUGAUGGAACUUUUUAAACUCUAACAGAUUUUUAUUAUGGCACCUUCAUUUAAGUCUAAUAUCUCUGUCUGUCUGUCUUUUUAACAAUGCACAAGCUGUUGUAAUGUAAACUAUUCUUUCUGUAAUGCUUGACUAAGGUUUUCUUCCUUGUAAAUAACAUUCUUUUUAAAUUACAUCGGUUGAAACUAGGAAGUGUUUUUACCGAGCUCCUUGACACCAACUACAAACUUACUUCACAUCAUCUCUGGCUGUUGUUUGCAUGACUAGCAUGUUUCAGGGGCACAUUUUCCUGAACAUAUCAUUAAGUAGUUGAAAUAUAUUUUGUGUACACGUGUUGUCUCAGAAAUACAUUUGCAAACCUAUCAGCUACGUUGACAUUUAAAUCAUGAAAUUAGUUUCAUCAGCAAACAAUUAAUGGUAAUGUGUUAAACAUCAUGCGUCACCUUUUCAUAACCAUUAUCUACCCUGACAUGAUGGUUCUGUAGUCGACGUCCAGACACUGAAAUGACACAGAUGAUUUUGUAUCAUGCACAAACUCAGUUAAUGUGUUUGGGUAGUUUGCUUCACUGCACAUUUUCUGCAUCGCUGGGUCUUUUAUAGACGUUUUAGAGCUGUUGUGUCAGCUGACGAUUGUAACGCUGCUUAAUGUAUCGGUUAAUAAAAGGUUUGUUUUUA